CCAUGUGGGGUGGGCGCCGAUCCUGCGCCGCCGCCUCCGGGAAGGCCUCCUCAGUCCUGCAGCUGCUGCUGGCCGCGCUGCUGGCGGCGGGGGCGCGCGCCAGCGGCGAGUACUGCCACGGCUGGCUGGACGCGCAGGGCGUCUGGCGCCUGGGCUUCCAGUGCCCCGAGCGCUUCGACGGCGGCGACGCCACCAUCUGCUGCGGCAGCUGCGCCCUGCGCUACUGCUGCUCCAGCGCCGACGCGCGCCUGGACCAGGGCGGCUGCGACAACGACCGCCAACAGGGAGCCGGCGAGCCCGGACGGGCGGACAAAGACAGCCCGGAUGGCUCUGCAGUCCCCAUCUACGUGCCGUUCCUGAUCGUCGGCUCUGUGUUUGUCGCCUUCAUUAUCUUGGGCUCCUUGGUGGCUGCUUGUUGCUGCAGAUGCCUCCGGCCUAAGCAGGAGCCCCAGCAGAGCCGGGCCUCCGGGGGGACCCGCCUGAUGGAGACCAUCCCCAUGAUCCCCAGUGCCAGCACCUCCCGAGGUUCUUCCUCCCGCCAGUCUAGCACAGCAGCCAGCUCCAGCUCCAGCGCCAACUCCGGGGCCCGGGCACCCCCAACGAGGUCCCAGACCAACUGCUGCUUACCCGAGGGAGCCAUGAACAACGUAUACGUCAACAUGCCCACGAAUUUCUCCGUGCUGAACUGCCAACAGGCCACCCAGAUCGUGCCCCACCAAGGGCAGUACCUGCACCCCCCCUACGUGGGCUACACAGUGCAACAUGAGGCGGUGCCCAUGACCCCAGUGCCACCCUUCAUGGAUGGCCUGCAGACUAGUUACCGCCAGGUCCAGGCCCCCUUCCCUGCCACCAACAGUGAGCAGAAGAUGUACCCAGCUGUGACCGUGUGACUCAAGGGGCAGGUGGGGCUCGGACCCCUUUUCCCGAUUUGGGAAAGUGGGGAGGAUUCUCCACCAGGAAGAGUCCGCUCUCAUCUGUGAUGUUCACAGCAUGAUUCCUUUGGACUUCAUUUGCCCCCGGCCUGUCUGAAAACAUCACUCUCUGCAUUAGUGUUUCUGGAUCUGUUUCAUAUCCUCCUCGGGCAUGACUGGUUUGUGUUGGAGAUGCCCAUUGCCUGGAGUUUUCUGUGUUGUUGCUGAUGUUGUUCAACAGAUAUGCUUGAGCCUUUAAGUGCCCUUGAGGUAUGACAGUCAAAACAAUUUUUGUAAACUGAUAAGGGU